AAGCCAACAGUGAGACAUGCGACACGUGACAUAGAAUUUAUUUUCCUCUAACUGCUUACUGACUAACCCGGCAUCAUACCGCCGCCUGCAAAACCCUCCACCAAAAAAGCAGGCGUCCGUCAAAACCGAAGACAACACCAUGAGCCCACCAUCACCAGGUCUUCACGAAACAUAAUACAUCACACUCUCAUGAGCCGUUGUCGACUCCCGCUUCGGUGCUGUCACCCAGUCGCCGCCGCUCGCCAAUCCGCCCCACCACCAUCCCUCCCGUUCCUCUACCAAACUCGCUCGAUCUACAGCCCCGCCAACAGCAACAAUAAGAGCACUAGAAGAGGAGGCGGAGGAUGGAACGGCGAUGGUGGUAGAGAUAGCAUGGUUGGCGAAGAUAUACCAUUCGAAAACGCAUCACUAAAUGUAGAGGACUCAUCGGAUCCUUUCGCAUAUCUCUACACCCCACCACCAAAGCCAAUUGACCGACGUCCGCCACCCCCGAUCUUCGCCGCAGCUCCACGGACAAAGCGACCUCACCACGACGCCGAGUUCCCACGGUCUUCAAUCACCCUUCGAGAGCGCGAAAUCUUCACCCGUAUCUUCGAGAGCAUCCUCAACACUCCAUCAGCAUCCAACCGAACCUCUCCUCUCGCAAAAUCCUUCGAUGCCACGCCACGAGCCCGUGGACUCCCGCCGCCGCCGGCGCUGACCGAUCUUUUUACGAGCACCAUCGGCCCGCAGAGCACGGGGGGAAAUCUCAGUUUUGCGCCACAGCAGCUGGCAAGUCAGCGUGAAGGAGCAACCGCAGCCAUGGCAUUAGUCUCUACAUUCGCCUCAUACCCACCCUCGUUGCGUGCUGCUGCAGCACGCGCAGCAGGUCUCAAAGACUGGGCGACGGUGCAGAAACUCGAGGCACAGAUCGAUGUCGAAGCCCUCGAAGCAAAGAAACGGAGUCUCCGCGCUUGCUUCAGCGAUGUCAAAGUCCUACAAUGGAUGGAAACACAUGUUUACCCAUUACCUAACGACCACUCUGCUCCCGAAGCGUCAUUCUACGCAGAGCUCUUGGCUGAGGCUAUGGAUAUCUUCCGGCGGGACUACAACGACCUCGGCAGCGUGGUAGCCGUCUUCGAGCGCGCGAAAUCCCUCGGCGCAGAGUCCUACGUCCUUGGUUGUACCAGUGCGGUCUAUAACCGCACACUCGCCGCAGUGUGGGAUGGCUUCGGCGAUAUCAUGCGUGUGCGUGAUCUCGUCGAGGAGAUGACUGUCAACGCCGUUGGUGGAGACGUCCAUACCGCCGAGAUCCUCAAGAAGAUCUGCGAUAACGUCGAUUCUACCUUCUCUGGGGAGAAGGGCGAGCUGGCCGCUAUGAUGGUCGGACGACAGGAGAUGGAAUGCGUGGACUACCUGCGGAAGAGGGCCAGGAGACUCGAGGUUAACGGAACCCUCGACAAGCCGCCGGAGAUCCAGGCUAGAGAGCGUGAGGAACGAGAGGCUGCCGCUCUGGAGAAGGGGGCGAAAACUAGGACUGCUAGAAUGAUGUCUGCGCUCAAGGGGCGGAGUGCUGUGAAGAGGCUGGAUGUAGGUCCCGGACGGAGUGCGGCGGGUGCGGGACGGGGUGCGGGUCGAGAUGAUAGGCAGCAGGAGGGACGUAGAGUAGAGGGGAGGCGAGGACUCACCGGAAGGAAACCGAAUUUCCCCGGCCGCGCUUCGGCGUCAGAUAUUCGGACAAGACAAGAUGCUAGUAAAAUAUGGAACAGAGGAAAGGAGGAGUAGGGGGCAGCGAUAUGCUAGAUUUUUUUCCCGCUAUACUUGCUUACUUGCCUGUUUGCUUGAUUUGCAUUUCGGGAUUUGGUGCUAUAGAUUGUGUGUAUAAAAGCUGGGUUGGGUUUGGGAUGCCGAUUGCCUGUGGGUAGGAGAUGGAUGGGAAUGGUAUUGUACGAUAUGAUUCAACGAUGGUGAAUGGACAGAUUGCUUUCAUGAAAG